UCACACCGUUUCAUCCUGUUCGCUUGAGAAAAACUCUUUCACUCCGUCUUCUCAGGUGCACCAGAGCUGCAUAAAAUGCAUGUCCACCGGGCAUAUAACCCUUAGAAACCGGUACGUUUAAGGCGUAUAUUAAUUUCUGGUGCAGAAUUAUAUAGAAAAAGACUUGCAUAUAUAUUCACGGCUCAGUAAGGACAAAUAACUAGCCUGUGUUGGAAGAGUGACUGCAACACUCGCGCAGUCCCACUAGUGACGGACUUCCUUUUCUAACAUUUUAAGCGCACAAACUCGCCCUCAACACUUCUUGGAGUGUCUCUGUGGAAAUGAGGUGGUCUGGCAGCACAGUCAUGUUGAGCCCGUGAUUAAGUAGCAGUGCUUCAGGCCCAGUCUGAGCCUCUGGCACACCACCAGACCAGACCACCGCAGCAUGUCCAGUUCAGGCUUCCCCCCCAGCCAGGGGUCCUUCAGCAGCGAGCAGAGCCGUUACCCACCACACUCAGUGCAGUACACCUUCAGCUCCACACGCCACCCGCCGGAGUUCAUGGUUCAAGAUUACCGAACGCCCCUGCAGGACCAACAGCGCCGUAGACCUUCACUACUAUCAGAAUUUCACCCUGGGACCGAGAGGCCGCCAGAGCGCAGGCAUGGCUAUGAACAGCAGUUUCAUGGCGUCUCAGCUCAACUGGAACAGGAGACUCUAGAGGCCAAGCGUCCCCGCAUCGAUAACGUAUCUGAAACACACUUUCCACGAGCUCAAACAUCUGGCAAUGUACUGCAUCCACACACCACACUGGAUGGCAUCAGGUCCACCGGAGAGGAAACCCAGUUUAGUGUGAAAGUGGAGGCCUCGUCUCUUGGUGGAGUUCCACAGGUGGGCGAGGAUGCAGACACAUCACCCUCCAAACUCUCCAAGGAGGAGUUGAUUCAGAGCAUGGACCGGGUCGACCGUGAGAUCGCCAAGGUUGAGCAGCAGAUUUUUAAACUGAAAAAGAAACAGCAACAACUGGAGGAGGAAGCAGCAAAGCCCGUAGAGCCAGAAAAGCCAGUGACUCCGCCCCCUGUUGAACACAAACAUCGCAGCAUCGUCCAGAUCAUUUACGAUGAGAACCGGAAAAAGGCAGAAGAAGCCCAUAAAAUACUGGAAGGGUUGGGGCCUAAAGUGGAACUGCCUCUGUAUAACCAGCCCUCUGAUACUAAAGUCUACCAUGACAACAUUAAGACGAAUCAAAUGAUGAGGAAGAAACUGAUUCUGUUUUUCAAGAGGAGGAAUCAUGCACGCAAACAGAGGGAGCAGAAGAUUUGCCAACGGUAUGACGAGCUGAUGACGGAGUGGGAGAAAAAAGUCGAGCGAAUGGAGAACAACCCUCGCCGUAAAGCUAAAGAAAGCCGCACACGUGAAUACUAUGAGAGACAGUUUCCUGAGAUCCGCAAGCAGCGCGAACAACAAGAACGCUUCCAGAGGGUGGGCCAAAGAGGCACAGGUCUGUCUGCCACAAUCGCAAGAAGUGAACACGAGAUAUCUGAGAUCAUUGACGGCCUCUCGGAGCAGGAGAACAAUGAAAAGCAAAUGAGGCAGUUGUCCGUCAUUCCUCCCAUGAUGUAUGACUCCGAGCAGCGGAGAGUGAAGUUUAUCAAUAUGAACGGCCUGAUGGAUGACCCCAUGAAGGUCUACAAGUCCCGCCAGUUCAUGAAUGUCUGGACUGAACACGAGAAGGAGAUCUUUAAGGAAAAGUUUGUGCAGCACCCAAAGAACUUCGGGCUGAUUGCUUCAUUUCUAGAGAGAAAGUGUGUGUCUGAUUGUGUGCUGUAUUAUUAUUUGACAAAGAAGAGUCAGAACUAUAAAACUCUUGUCCGACGAAACUUUGGCAGUCGGCGACGAAGGAAUCAGCAGAUAACGCGACCCUCACAGGAAGACAAGACAGAAGACAAGAACGAAGAGGACAAAUCGGAGAAAUCAGAGAAGAAAGAAGACGAGGAAAAGAAGGAAGAGGAGGAGAAAGAUGAAAAAGAGGACUCUAAGGACAUCAGCAAAGACAAAGAAAAGUGUGAAGGAGAGGAGGAAGAGGGUAAGGAACAGAGCACGCUGCGUGGCCGAAAGACUGCCAACAGCCAGGGCCGCCGCAAGGGCCGCAUCACCACCCGCUCCAUGGCAAAUAAUGAGGCUGCAUCUGGGUCAGCUGAGGAACCGCCUCCACCCCCACCUGAACCAGUUCUGCCAGAGCCGACUCCCCCCUCUAAACCUGAGCCGGUGCAGAAACCUGCACGAGAGCCUGCGAAACCAACUCCUACACCCAGCACAGACCCACGAGGCGCAGUUGAAGCUGGAGAGACGUCUCGCUGGACGGAGGAGGAGAUGGAGAUUGCCAAAAAAGGACUGGUUGAGCAUGGUAGGAACUGGUCAGCCAUUGCUAAGAUGGUAGGCACUAAGAGUGAAGCUCAGUGUAAGAACUUCUACUUCAACUACAAGAGACGACUCAACCUAGACAAUCUACUACAGCAACACAAGGGUUCUAGGCGGCUCCGUGGAAAUCGAGACUCGUCACAGAGUGACCCCGCACCUGAUGACGAUGAGGAGAGUGAUGGGCCUGAUAACAGCUCGGACACAGAGAGCGCACCCUCUCCCUCUCAAACUGAUCCCUCCAAAGCCUCCGACUCACUAACCCAUCCCAGCUCGGCUCUGGACAGUGCCUCGGAACAGGACGGCGCCACCACCAAAGACCCUGUGGCAGAUUGCAAGGGCCAGGAGCCUCCAUACAGCGAGCUGCAGGUCAAAGUGGAGAAUAGUCCAGAAGGAGGAGCAGGAGACGGGCUUCCACAGGAUGAGCGAGCACGCGCGACUUACGAAUCACAGUUCCAUCCUAAGAGCGAGCCGCAGGAUGUGGAGAUGGUGGCUCCGAGCGGGGACAAAGGACAUGUGCAGGUGAAGACUGAGCCAGAGGUCAAGGAUAAAGAGGAGAAACAGGGGGAGCAGCACCACUCGGAUAAUGACUCUAGCGCCACGUGCAGUGCAGACGAGGAUGUGGAGGCUGAACCUGUCCAACAGCGACUUUUCUCUCUUGAGAAGCCGUCAUUGCUGGGUGCUUCAGGCUCAGUGGUCGUGCCCUCAGCCAAACUACUCAGCAUGCAGCAGAUACAGCAGCGGGCCGCCACCAUUCCCCCUAUGGUCAGUCCCCACAGCCCCUACUCCCACUUAUUCAGAUUUGCCCCUUUGGACAGAGACAGGGCCCAGCCACCCCACAACGUUUCAUCUCCAUUCGGUCACAGCGGCGUUCCCGUUGGAGCUCCGUUGAGUGGCUUUGCUAUGUUCCAGCACCAAAUCAAAGCCGUACAUGAGUCCGCACAUCAGGAGGACAAACAGAGACUGGACCAGAACGAGUCAGACCACAGAGCACGAGUCAGCACCCACAGCCCUACUGUACUGGACCGAGAAGGUAAGCCAUUUGCUUACAUGCCAUAUGAUCUGAAGCUGAUGGAACAGGACACUCUUGGAGCAGGCAGACCAGGCUCUCCGUACAGACUCUCUCCUCGAGAUCCUAGCAAAGCUUCACCACAGCAUGAUGCCAGUAACCCCACCCGCUACAGUGUACCUCCAGUUCUUCAGCCGGCACCAAACCAGGCUGUUCAGAACCUUUCAGAUGUCCGCAUGACAUUCUCACGGAACCGGCCACCCAACAUUCCAUCUCCUCCGCCCCUCAUCCCGACCUCCAAACCCACUGACAAGCCCUCUUUCAUUCAGGGGGGCUCCAUUUCACAGGGAACACCAGGCACAUACCUGCCUUCUCAAACGCAUGCAGUGUAUGUACCAGAGGUAGUCAAGACCACAGGAGGGUCCAUCUCACUCGGCUUGCCAAGACAACAGGACCCUGCUAAACCUGUGUCAUACAUUAAGCAGGAAGAGUGUUCUCCACGAGGACAGAGCGCUCAGUCAGAGGGACUUUUAUCUAGAGCUCAGUAUGAGGGAGUGGUCAGAGGAGGCCCCAUACAGGUUCAGGACAUGAGAGGGCCACCUGGAAAAUGCCCUGAAGGCUUGACUUUCAGAGGAGGCUCUAUUUCACAGGGCACUCCUGCCUUGACUCAGUCCAGCGUAGCAGCAGAUUUGUUGAAAGGCACUAUUGCUAAACUGGCCACAGAGGACCUGAGCGGCCCAGAAAAGAGCCGGGCCGAAGCUCACUCUAAAGCUCACGUCAUCUACGAAGGCAAAAUCGGACACAUCCUCUCUUUUGAUGCCAUUAAAAACCCGAGAGAGGGCACAAGAAGCCCACGAAUGGGGCAUGAUCUCAAACGCACAUAUGACAUCAUGGAGGGGUCUCGUGGACACCCAGCACGCGAGACUGCACCUUUUGAGGGUUUGAUGAGCAGAGCAUUGCCUAGAGAAAGUCCGCAUGAGUCUAAGGAUCGAGCCAUACUCACAGGAUCCAUCAUGCAAGGAACGCCAAGAGCUGAUGUCUUUGAUGAGGCCUCCAAAUAUGGUAAACAGAUCAAGAGGGAGAGUCCACCCAUUCGCUCUUUUGAGGGAGGCAUCACCAAGGGUAAACCAUACGAGGGUGUGAACACCAUAAAGGAGAUGGGCCGUUCAAUUCAUGAGAUCCCCCGUAAAGAGACCCAAGAUAGUCGCAAAACCCCUGUUCUGGAAGGAUCCAUUUCUCAGGGUAUCCCUCUCAAGUAUGACAGCAGUACUCUGAACCCGUCGGCCAUCAAGCACAACGUUAAAUCUCUGAUCACAAGCCCAGUGAAAAUACCCCACUCCACUAUUGAGGCGGCUGAGCGUGAGAGGGCAAAGUAUGAGGAUGUGAAGGCAUCAGAGCGUGUCCGCCACACUUCUGUAGUAAACUCCACUUCUGUCCUGCGCUCCACACAUACAGAGGCAGGAAAAUCUCAGCUCAGUCCAGGCAUGUAUGAGGACAGCAGUGCACGCAGAACCCCCACGUACACUAGCACCUCUUUAUCCAGAGGAUCACCGCUAAUGCGAGGACAAGAAGGAAGUAUAACGACAGGUAAACCAGCUUCUCACGAGAGAAAGAGCGCACUGACCCCAACCCAGAGGGACAGUGUUCCAGCUAAGUCGCCUGUGUCUGGGGGCGACCCCCUCGGCUCUCACAGCCCGUUUGACCCCCACCUAAGACCCGUGGUACCUGGCGAGGUGUACCGGACUCACCUGCCACCUCACCUGGACCCCAGCCUUGCUUUUCACAGAGUCUUGGACCCAGCAGCGUACAUGUUUCCACGGCAACCAUCACCAACCGGUUACCCCAACACUUACCAGCUGUACACCAUGGAGAACACUCGUCAGACCAUUCUGAAUGAUUACAUCACCUCACAGCAGAUGCAGGUUAUACCACGGCCUGAUGUCGCGAGGGGACUGUCACCACGUGAACCAUCCAUUGCCAUCCCAUACCCACCGGCUAGAGGAAUAAUUGAUCUAGCCCAGAUGCCACCUACCAUCCUGUUACCUCACCCCGGGGGCACAGGUUCCCCCUCCCUGGACCGCAUCACCUACAUCCCUGGACCUCAGACCCCUUUCCCUUCUAGGGCAUUCAACCCUGCCUCCAUAUCACCAGGACAUCCUGCACAUCAUGCUACUGCAGCAAUUGUGGAGAGGGAACGAGAGAAUCAGCGAGAAAAGGAGCGGGAGAGGGAAAGAGAAAGGGCAGAAAGAGAGCAGAGAGAGCGGGAGCGUGCAGCAGUAGAAUAUAUGCGUGGAGGUCCUGAGCAACCUGGCCGUCCAGGUAGCCGUGGUUUCCUGCGUUCCCCUUCACCCUCUGUGAGAUCACAGGAGGGCGUCCUCCAGCAGCGGCCGAGCAUCUUCCAGGGCACUAGCAAGAGCGUCAUUACUCCUCUCAUGCAAAUGCCGUCGCAAGCAGCUGCAGUUCAAGCCAACUCCCGGUACAACAAUGCAGCUGAUGCUCUUGCCGCCCUGGUGGACGCCGCAGCCUCAGCCCCACAGAUGGAUGUUGCAAAAGUCAAGGAGGGCAAGCACAAUAGCGGCGGCUCCCGUGAUGAUGACAUGAUGACUUCCUCACGCCGGGCAACACAAGAGUCUCAAGAGCUGGAACAGCGUUCUAUGCAGUCACCAUAUGGGGAUGUGUCACUGCCUGGUGGGAAUCCUUCCCAUCCUGUGUAUGCAGAGGGGGGAGGAGCUGCUGGGAGCAAAGAGCAAAAACGAAUAGAGAAUGACCUGCGAACACAUGGGAAGACCACCAUGACUGCUGCAAGCUUCAUUGAUGUCAUCAUCAAACGGCAGAUUGCUCCAGAUAAGGAUUCUCGGGAGAGAGGCUCACAAAGCUCGGACUCCUCCGGCAGCAUGUCAUCUAGUCGUUAUGAGCCUCAGGGAGGAAUUGAGGUGAUUAGUCCAGCCAACUCUCCAGCACAGAGAGAAGAGAAGACUGAGGGACCUAUGAGGGACCCAUCAGAAAAGAGCUCUCAGCCAGCUUCAGGUGAAAUGAGGUUUGAUAUAAGCCGGUGCAGGCAGUUGGGAGAUUCAGGUUUGUCCCAGCAGCCUCCCUCACAAGCAGACAGCUAUGGGCCUGUUCCAAAAACACACCGCAUCAUGACCCUCGCUGACCACAUUUCGCAUAUCAUUACACAGGACUUUGCCAAGAGCCAGGAUCCUCCCCCAUCCUCCUCUUCAUCCUCUUCCUCCCUCUCCUCCACAUUCCAGAGCUCUGGUGUGGGAGGUGUUGUAGGUCGAGUUAAGCCCCCUAACCGCUAUAGCCCAGAAAACCCAGCAGCACCUACUGCACACCACCAGAGACCACCAAGCAGAGUGUCUUCUGAAAACUCAUCUGAUAAACCGCGAACAAGGCCAGGCAGGUCUCCUGAUCGUGGACGUGGACUGGAGAGCUAUGAGCCCAUCUCUCCCCCUCAGGGUUACUCUGGGUUGGAUAAACAAGAGGCCAGUGUACUUCAGAGACGAGAGCAGGACCUCCCUGAACAGAGGACUGAUUCUCGCUCCCCAAGCAGUGGCAGUUACCUGCCAGCAUUCUUCACCAAACUGGAAAGCACAUCUCCUAUGGUUAUGUCCAAAAAGCAGGAGAUCUUCCGCAAAGCAGAAGUCGGUAACGCUCAGCCGGGCACUGAGAUCUUCAAUCUCCCAGCAGUAACAACCUCAAGCAGUGUAAAUGCCAGAAACCACUCGUUUAGUGAUCCAGCCAGUAAUCUGGGUCUGGAGGACAUCAUCAGGAAGGCUUUGAUGGGAAACAUGGAGGAGAGGCAGGAGGACCAGAAGCAGCAGCAAGCCCAGCAGACAGGAAACACCUCAAGCAGCAUGAGCAGUAUUUCAGAAGGCCGACAAGAGGCUAGCCCUUCCCCUAACACAGCAGGAAAGCAGAAGCUUCAGAGCAAAGCUAGCAGCAGGAAAUCCAAGUCUCCUAACCCAGGCCAGGCAUACUCUGCUGGAGAGCGACCAUCUUCUGUGUCCUCCGUUCAUUCGGAGGGAGAUUACCACAGACAGACUCCCUCUUGGGCUUGGGAGGACCGUCCAUCUUCUACAGGAUCCAUGCAGUUCCCAUAUAAUCCUCUGACAAUGCGCAUGCUGAGUAGUACCCCUCCCACCUCCAUGGCCUGCCCAUCUCCCUCCAUGCAGUCCCAGCAGCAGCAGGGUGGUGCCUCCGGGCCUCUGGCCCCGACACGCUCAUGGGAGAGAGAGCCCCCACUAUUGUCGGAGCAGUAUGAAACCCUCUCUGACAGCGAUGACUGAGGCAGUGACCUACAUCCCUCUCCUAAACAGAGGGACUAUCUACCCCCCUGUUCACCAUCAACCUUCUUUCUCUGUCUUCAUGAAUCCCACUCACUGCCACUCAAGAGUGAGAUUCAGCUGGGGAGGAGGACAUACAUUUGGUGCUGCUUUUGUGCCUACUGGUGGUCAGACAGAGCAUUGCAGAGAGCCACUGAUUUGAUCUGAAAACAACUGCAGAAGCUUUGAUUUAUGGCCUGUUUGGGGAGGAGAACUAGAAGAAAUCAGAAACGAAUUGAAAUGUAGAAAGAGAACAGGAUGAUAAAACUUGUAAAGAAACUUACUGGCUGAAAAUUUGUUUCUGUAAAGAUUUUUUAUUUUCUUUUUUUUUUUUUUUUUGUCUAUAAAAAAGAAACAGAAUCAAUGUAUAUAAAUAGAAUAACAUUUUUGCAGUGUUUUUCCUUUAAUUUUUUUCUGCAUUUUAACUGUUGCUUUUUAAAUUUAACCCAGUUGGAUGACAUGACACCUUGGAGAUUUUGUGGUCAGUCAGGCGAAGAGCAUUGAGCUUUCCAGAUCUGAAAGUAUUGGUCUAAUUAAAAUGAAACAAUGAAAAUGCGGAAAUGCAAAAAAAAAAAAAACAUUUCAACGACUUUGCCCCUCAAAUGCAGACCCUGUCAGUGCAACACUGUGGAGAUGUGUUGGUAACAAUUACUGCCCUGUUACUUCAGGGAAGAAAUCUCAAUCGUUCAUCAACUGUUUAUAGGUGGAAAAGACAAAAUGAAAGUAAAGACGACAUCUGCUUUUUUCUGUUCUUAUAAUGAUACUGAUGUCACUGUCUGAUUCACAGUGAAACAUCAGAGAAGGGUUCUUCGUUUUUUUCCCCCUUCACUUUUAUUUGUGCUCUGCUUUUGCCUUUGUUCAAAUAUUCAGCAUUGGGCUGUUGCAAAACAGUUCAGAGUGUAUGGGUCUACGGUUGAAUGUCUAAGUUCCCCCACCAUACGCCAAUAUCCCUUUUACUUUUUUGUUUCAUGUUUGUGUGGUGGAAUAUAUUAGUUAAUCUUACGAAUCAUAAAGGAGCACGUAUAACGUGUAUAUCCUGUCAAAAUAUGUGAUUUCUAUGUCCUAGACCACAAAACAAAAAUACAAAGAAAAACUUGAUGCAACUGCACCAUUGUUGCACUUUUUUUUCCUUAAUCAUUUUUGAAAAAACGUAAAAUUAUACUACCUGUAAUCUAAGUUAUUCAGUGUAAUGCAGAGGUCUGGAAUGCUUUCAGAUAUAUUCAUGUUUCAGUCACAUACUCCAUUGGCAUUGGCAGACUUUUUCUAAUAUUCUUGCAAUUUUUCUAACUUGGUUUAAGUGUAUAGAAUCGGUACCAUUAUCUCGGCUGCUGCUGAGUAGUGACCACUUAUUUAGAGAUGGAAAUAUCUGUGUCUGAAAGUGAAUAAGCUCAAUUUUAGUUACCUGCAGAAAUAAAGUUAAAUGUGAUGAAAGCUAAUGAGUACUAUUGGUGGUCUGAAGGCAUCUCCUUUUCCUGUUUCAUGUGCUUUUGCUUUGUUCGAGUAACACCACCAGUCCACGCUUCAUUUUAAUGAUAGUUUGAUUUUCUUCAGACAUUUAAAACCGCAAUGUUGAGCUAAUUUUUCGAUUCUUUCCACAUUUUUAUUUCCCAGUAAUUUUCAGCAUCUAUAUUAUAUUCAUCCUGUUGUUUGAUGGGAUGUCAUGUGUUUACAAUGGCGUUGACAAAAAAAAUGGUGAAACUUGAAUCUUAAGAAAAUAAAAUUUGCUCAUCAUGGCAGUCUACUUUUCAGUCCAGCUUUGCAGGGGUCACUUUCUCUGGUCCGUUCAGAAUUGAGACUUGAAAGAAACGGUGUCCCCAGAUGUUGAAACCCAAUGUUUGUAUCACUCUGUCUGCUAAGUAGUGGAUAAAUAAUGUGCUGACCAAUCAAUAAAGUAGAACAGAGCUCCACCUCCCUGAAACUGA